UGCCAGUUGCGUGCAGAAGAUGAAGAUAUAGUUAACCGAUACAUUAUAUCGGGGAUAUUUAUUAACCUAAGAAGAAAGUUGAAGAAGUUUUGUAUGUGCGAUGUCCGCCAUCCGGGGGCCAAGAUGAUGUUUAAAUCAAAAUUAUCGAUGGAAAGAGAACAAAAUCGGCAUCUUUUUUACUUUUAUGGCACAGUGCAUCCCUACAGUUUGGUUAGUUUCUGGAUGGAGACUUAUCUUGUCAUUGCUUACGGAAUUAUGUUUUUUUCUAUGCCGAUUUUUAGAAUGUUUGAUGAACAAAUUAAAACAAGAACCUUUGAAAUUUCAUAUUUCUUAACUUUUGCACUUGUAGUUUUAUCGAUGAUGAUUUGGAAAUUUAAAGUGGGUUGCAUAAAAGAAAAUCAAAUUGAACUAGAUACAAAGAAAAUAGCAGUGCAUUAUAUAAAAACAACUUUAAUUCUAGAAAUGUCGGCUUUGUGUAUACUGCUCAUUUUUGUUUUACAAUAUUUUCAUUACCUAUAUAUUCCAAAUCUAGAAGAUUGGGAAACAAUACCACUUAUCCUAAUUUAUUCGCGGGUGUUUACAAUAAACACCUACAUGAACAGAUUCCAGAGAUACUCAAACAUCUCGUCGAGAUUAAUAGAUCUAUGGAAGUUAAUAUUUGUAAUGAUAGUCAUUGGGAACAAUUUGACCUACGCUUACGACAGAUACUUCAACAAAACCAUUUGGAAAACAAAAAAAGGAGUUAAACGCGACGAACCCCUCCAUAGACUUGUAGACUCUUUCUACACAACUUACGUGAUUAUUAUGGGAGCAAACUCCCACCCCAUGGGCCCGGACACCACCCCCUUCAAACUAUUCGGCAUGCUACUUCUUCUAGUCGGUGUCGUGAUGAACUUUUUAUUCUUCCUGUUUUUCUUUCGCCUGAUUAAAUCUUUCAUGGAAGUCAAUAGUCAGAAGCUGACCUUCAUAAGAGUUCUGAUGGAGUACAUGCAGUACAAUGAGUUCACGCCAGCGUUGAAAAAAAAGAUUUUGGCUUACUACGAUUUCACCUUCGGAAGAAAUUUUUAUAUUGUAGCCGAUAUACACAGCGCCUUGCCGGAAAAUAUAAUCCGCAACAUCAAUGUUCUAGCCUUCAGCAACUUUUUGAAGAUGAUAAGUUUCUAUGACGCCCUUGCGCCGAGUUUAGUUUACCAGCUAUCAAACUCUCUGGUGGUUAGUAUUUUUUUGGCAGGAGAGACCAUAGUUCAUCAAGGUGUUAUCGAAAAAGCCAUGUAUUUUAUCCACGUGGGUUCAGUAGCCAUAUAUACCAAGGAUGGCGUGGAAGUGUGCCAUUUAACUGAAGGCGAUUAUUUCGGUGAAUUUUCUCUACUAUUGGACAUUCCCAAAACCGCCAGUGUUGUUGCUAUAGAAAAUUGUAAGGUUUUUAAGUUAUCGCGCGACGUUUUGUAUGAUAAUUUCAGGAACGAUCCUGCAGCAUUAAGGCAAAUAAAGAAGAUGUGCUUAGCAAGAGCCGGUGGACAUGACCCAUAUAGAAAAUAA